AUGGAUAUGAAUCAAUCAUCAAUUAAUCCAAUCUCCUCCCUACCUGCUGAACAAUUAGCUCUUGCACUGGCAAUUGUCAAACUGAAGCCAGUGAGAUUGAGUGUCAAAGAGUACAUCUUACAAACCAGAGAGCAUAUCAAGAAAUCCAAGGACGCAGAAAUAUUCUUCUCCCCUGAUAGAUUCUUCGACAGUGUUGCAUUCUGGAAAGACGCAUACGAGAAAUCAGAGGCCGAGCAGAGCAAAUUGCUAGAUCGCAUUUACGAACUCGAGCAGAAAAACAACACACUUUCAGCAAAAGUGCAGUCUGCAGAUGCAGCAUCGGAUUUGAACCAUCAGCAAGGACUUAAGCGUAGGGCUACAAAGGCUCUAGUUGGGAACUCGACUGCACGGAAGAAGACAAAGACACAGGGAAACUCUGCGUUGAAUUGUAACAUUCAAGCUACCCAGGAUGAUGCUCUAAGUCAUCCCGAGAAUUUCAGAGAUGCAGCAGCAGCAGCAGCCACUGGCCCUUUUAUGAGACAGUUUUAUACGUUACAGAAAGUGUUGCAGAAACGACCGAGUCAUGCGAGUAUUACCCAAGCCGCAAUUACGCUGGCCACGACUUCGGCAGAUGAAGCUCUGAAAGCGCUUCCACAGGCAGGAUCAAUUUCUAGCAAAGGAAGGCCCAGAAAAGAGAGUUUGACGUCCACUGAGCUGUCGCAUCUGAUAUCCGUUGUCCGCAGCGUCGAGUGUGCCGUCAAUCUUCUCCUUCAAGCACUAAAGAAGCUGUCUGCUACUGGCAAUGUCGUGCGAGAUGUUAACCUGAUCAUCUACCACCUUGUUUCCUUGUAUGAGACCGUCAUGAAUGUCUUGAAACAGUACUGUAGAAUAGCUUGCGAGCGGGUAGCAGCAAAGACCAAGGAGAAACCGAAGAAGUCCUCUAAAUCGAAGAAGACGGCGAAACCAAAGACAGCUGACAGCAACGUGGGGGCAGAUUGUCGAACCCAGCCUGAUGAUCAAGGGGCUGUACAGCUGGCCCAUUUGUUAAAUAAUAUGAUAGCGUGGAUUGACCUGACAUGCUCAGCACAUAAAAGCCUCCUGGAAGGGUUCCUAUACGUCUUACUAAGUCGUGUUGGAAACUUACUCGGCUUGUUUGUCUUCCAAGACCUACAGCUACGGCCAGAUCUUCGAACAGACUCGACCAAGCUCCCACUCCCUGCCAGUCUGGCGGACGUUGAGACCGACGAAAUGUCUUUGCGUGCCGUACAGAUGGAAGCAAGAUAUCUCAUAUGGGUUCUUGAGAAAGCCUUGACGCCUCUCAAUACAUUUACGUCCUUUUUAGAGACUUCGGCAGCUGGAAAUCAGUCGAGCAACACGCAAUUCUUGUCUGGGAUUAAGGCAAAGCUACAAAGCACUCUUGUUCAUGCAGUGUUUGGUUCAGAUGUGGACUUGGGUAGUCCUUUGCAGCGACCUACCCAGCCGAACGAAGACGACUUGGAGAGACUGCGCCUACGUAGCCAAAUUCCGCAGCAGCAGGUUCCAGACUGGUUCAUGCAAGAGGUCUGGCGACUUCUCGGUUGGGAAGUGUUAAUGAAGAGCUCCUUUCGCUAUGGAUAA